AUGGAGCAGAGUACCUCUCGUUCUAUCCUGGCACUCAGGCUGCCAGACCCCCGUUUCAGCGUCGACUUUGCAAACUACGCUGUUGAUGCCAAAGCAGUUGCCACUUCUAGAAAGUACAUGCAGGACUUGUUUCCCGGCCAGAACAAGCCUUUACCGCCCCCAAGGAAUCAAGCGUCACGCCAUCCCAUUGCGCGUACAACACCAGCGUACGAGCUGCAGCAACGGCAAUGUUCCAAACAGAUGGCUUCACAGAUACCGGACGACAAAUGGGAUGCGCAUACGAUAGAGUGCAUGAUAAUGCUGGACGAUUCACCCAUGGACACCUCGGAUCGAUCUUCAGCUUCAUCAAAAUCAACAUUGGCCUCUUCUACAGCAACGUCCUUUACCGACACUAUAUCUACUAGCGCUACAAGUCACUUGGUACCUACGCCAGCGGCUACCAGCGGCCGGCAAACGUUGACGCCCAACUUUCUUCAGCUGCCAUCGACAAUAGUUGACCACAUAUUGUCAUACGUUUUCGCCGAAGAACGGGCCGUCUCCAUCACACCAUACCAGUCCCGCGUUGUGCCCCAGCAGCGUCGCCGCCAUCGUCACGGUCCGAAUGCCGUUGACAUACGAUCAUUCAUGAUGCAGCCUGCAUUGAUGGUAUGCAAGCAGAUUCGAGAGCUAGGGCUGGAGAUUCUAUAUCGCGACAGCCUUUUCCUUAUCGAUCUUUCCGAGGUCGAUAGCACAAACACGUGCAAUGAGAAGGACAACAGCAAGUACUGGGGGUGCUGGACAAGUAAUGUGCCUCCUCGAAUGGUUCGAAGUGCUCUUGCUCGUGCUUCAAACAUCCGCUUCCAACUUCCAGUCCCCAGUGCAGAGGCUAUGGUUGUGCGAAGUGCGACCAAGAGGAAGAAGGAUGCCCAGGAAGAGACAUCUAUCAUUGUCGAUUCUUUACGCGCAGUUACCAACCUGAUUACUGGGUUGAAAAAAUCUCAGACGUCCCAAACUGAGAGAUCUCGCUCAGCAAGCCCAGCUGGUCCGAAAAUCUUGCGUCGUAAGCUCAGCUUUCGAUCUGCAAAGCGUCCUGACUCAUUAGAAUUCGUAUGCCGUGGAGACUCACCACCACCACAGCCGAGAGAACCAUUGGAUACAUUAGAGGUUGUCCUUGUGAACAGUGAUGUAGACACUGAAGUACAUAGCAUGACGUUGGACAUGGUAGCGGUGUGCAGUAGCAUCCCUGUAUGCGGAAGCCUUGAGUACCAUCUGGAAAUCGACGGAAUGCGAAGGCUUUGGGCUAAGCGAGAGAAGGGGAAGUGGCUGGGUAGUGAGCCUGAUGGAAACAAAUUGCUUCGUGGUAUGUCACCGCCGUGCUCACAACUCAACAUGAAGACUCACAUGUACCAGAUUUAA